AAACAAAUCAUACAAAUGUUAUUGUAGGAACUCAGUUGAGAUUUAAAUAAAGGAUUAUCUUUUGAAUCUGCAGAUAGAUGAUACAGAAGUGUAAUGAGUGAAUACAGGUUUAUGAGUUUAAGUGGUAGACCACGACCGGUCACAGCAACCACAACCAGACAAACAUGGCUAGAAAUAUCAAACUCUUCACCUCUUCGCAGAUCUUUAGACUCUUCAGGGUCAACGGAAUCCCUGUGUUCAGUGUUAGAUCACGAUAGUUAUGUGAGUUUGUCAAGUGAAGAGGGGGACCUGGGGGAUAGUGAUGUGGAGGAGACUCAGCAUCAAUUAAGUGAUAUGAAAAUCGAAGAAGGGCCAUUGGAAUCGUAUGCACAUGACACCAAUACUGAAUCUACAGAACACUUUCAUCAAAAACAAAAACAAAACAGGAUCUACGCAUCUUACACAAGAUCAAAAUCAGCCUCACCUUCCCGUACACGAAACAUAAUAGAAGAUGAAGAAUUUAAAGGAUUGUCUCCCUGGGAAAAAUGGUUACUGAUAAAAACUCGGGAGGAACGAAUCAAACAUAAACUAGAAAUGAGAACGAAGAAUUUGAAAGAAGAAGAAAAAAUGAAUGAAGAAAGAAAGAAAAGAGAAAAACAAAUGAAAGCUGAAGAAGAAAUAAAAAGAUGGAAGAAAUUUAAAAAUGAGCGGGAGCGUGCUCAAAAGAGAUUGGAUAAGCGUUUAAAAGAGGCCGAAGAGGACUGCAAGCAUAAAAAAGAAUCAGAAAUUCAUGAAAAAGCAGAAAAGAAAUAUGAAGAAUGGCUGAAGACGAAGGCAGUUGAAGAUAGAAAGAAGAAAAAAGAAGAGAUAUUAAAGAAAAAGAAAGAAAAGGAAGAAGAAAAUAAACGAAGAAUGAAAGCUGAAGAGAAAUUUAAAGAAUGGUGUAAAGAUGUCAAGAAACGACCUAAAUCUGCCCAGAACACAGGUCACAGCUACUUAAAUGAUGAUAAUGAAAUCAACUCCUACCCAGAACCAGCUUUCUGUAAUCCAAUACCAUGGCAACCAAUUAAAAUACCACGACAAAAAUCAGAUACCAAGAAAAGUUCGAAUAAGAAAUCUCUGAAAUCGUCCUUGAAAUCGAAGUCAUAUACCUGGAAUCCAGCCAAAUAUUAUUAAUUUAAACUGUGAUAUUUAAUAGAACUAUUCUGAAGAUUUAAAAAGACAUGCCCAUUAGAAGAAAAUCCUUAUGCUACAGACACAUAAACAGUCUUCGUCACC